CGCUGAUACCUUUCGUUUAACGAAACGGAACAUUUUAGUUGAAUUUCAAAAUUGAAGGAGAACACAACAUUCGAACGGACUUACAGUCGCGACGUCAUAAGAACAAUAAUCGAGUUGGUUUAGAACUUUGUAUUAUAUACAUAUUCUUAGUAGUGAUUGAUUUUUUAUAUGAAAAUGAAGACGCAAAUCAUUUACAGCUGCGCUUUAAUUUUAUUGGUGCAAUCCAUACACGCGAUGGUCAUAGAAAACCUUGACAAUGGCGAGCAGUUGCUGCACUUCGGCUUCAAAACAGAGAAUGGCCAAUCGCGUACAGAGGACAUAAAAUACAAUAACACACACAAUGAAGUAGUUCAUGAUGAUGAUGAUGAGAAGAAUGAGAAGGCUGCUGCAACAACUGUGACACCUGUGGAGUAUCGAGGCGGCUAUAGUUUCAUUUCUGCCGAUGGGUAUGAAUACACUGUGCUUUAUAAGGCAAACAAAAACGGAUUUCAACCCUAUGUAACAGCGCGCAAGUUACGGGGUGAUAAAAUUUGAGCGAAAAUCUAUGCAUGAAAUCUAAUGAAAUGCCAAUAUCAACAAAACUAGAUCGUAUUAUUCUUAACUUUAUUAUAUUUAUUGUAAUCACUACCAGUAUGCUAGUAUAUUUAUGUAUGUAGUUUUAAGUUGUAAUAACGCAAUAUAUUUAGAUUGUUGUAUUGUAUGUAUGUAUGUAUACAAAUAUAUGUGCGCGGUUAAUAUGUACUUACGCCACUAUCGAAGGUAGCGUACAAAAGUUUAAAAAAUACAAUAAGGAAUUUGCACUUAGCAAUCAAUGAGAG